AUGGAGACCUCUCUCAAAACUUCAAAUGGUAUGAGCUACCCCUCGUCAGGAGGUUUCGUCAAGCCUUUGAGCACUUCGGGAGGAAUCCCAUCUGGAAACGGCAGCGCGCCACAGCAGAAGCAGCAAAUGCAACAGCCUCAGCAGCAGCAGCAGCAGCAGCAGCUACAACCUCAGCCACAGCAAACGCAGCAGCAACAGCCACCGCAUUCAACAACAGGUAGUGGUGUUGUGAAGACUCACACCCCACUUAUCAAUGCCAACGCUUCAUCUGUGAUGGUGUUCCCGACAUUCAAGCACAAGAACCCUACUGAUCAUUCAAAGGGUCCCUUGGCCUCGUCCCAGCCCCCCACCAAGCUGUCCUCUUCCACCACGUCCAUCUCAUCCGGCUCGCUGUACAAGGCCAAUGGCAGCGGACAAACCCAGCAGCACCAAUCAGCGACGUAUCCCCAAAAGAACACAGGAUGGGGAUCAAGCGGGUUCUCCCCUCAAAUGAAGCCGAACUUCUCACCGACGUUCGGUACCACCUCCGAUCAAGUUGACAACAAGCAACAGCAACAGCUUCCACAACAAGCUCAGGUCUCACAGCCAGUGCAGCAGCAGACGCAACCCCAGUCCCAACAAGCACAACAACCACCGGCACAGCCGCCAGCCCAACAAGCCCAGGUCUCACUGCCAGCUCAGCAGCAGCAAUCACAGCAGCAACAACAACAGCAGCAACAACAGCAAUUAGACAACCAACAAUUGCGCAAGAGUGGACCCAACCAACUCAAUCGACACCCUAGACCUCCACCACUAUCACCCUCGCCAACCAGCAGUGGAUUUAACAGGUCCAACAGCGAGACCUUCAAGUACACACCAAAGUCAACGAGCUACAACAGCAACAGUAACAAUGGUGUAUCGAUGCCAUCACCAGGCAGCUACAGUCUCAAUGGUAGCAUUGGCAGCAACAACAACAGCAGCAGCGGCAACAGUGCUGGCAGCAGCGGCGUGAGCACAAGCAGCAGCGGCAGUAGCAGUGGCAGCAUCAAUAGCAGCACCAAUAGUAUAAACACCAACACCAACAGCAAUAGCAACAGUGGCUUUGCUGUACCCAACACCAACGCCAACACCAAUGGUGGUAACAACAAGACAAUCAGUCAUGCCAAUGGCACCACGACCACCAGACAAUUCCCACAAAGAUCGACAUCAACUCCAUACAUUGAGUACAGGGCCCCGUAUCAACAACGAUCACCAUCCCCGCCUUCCGAGAGCACCAUUCCAGACAAUGUCUACGAACAAACUGCCGACUACGAGUACAGACAGCCAUCACCAAAGGAAUCAACCUCUCCAAACCAGCUACACUCUUCUCUGUCCUCAGAGGAGAGCUUCCCCACACCAUCCCACGUUGUCAGCAACAACAACAACAACAUUAACAGUAACAUCAGUAACAAUAUCAUCGGCGGUGGCAAGACAACAACCAACACAAUCAACAACAACAACAACAAUGCAGAUGAAGAUAUCGAUGCACUAUUAGAUAAGCUUCACUUAUUCACACACAAGGCCGACGCACCAUUGUCGAAUGACCAUCCUCUGUUCCUGUCCCGACUGGACCAUCACGACGACGAUGAGGACUACACUGGCUUUGAUUCAGUCUCUGCACCUGCCACACCCAUGCAUCACUCGAUGUCCACAUCCAACCGAGACGUGUUCUCCAAUGGAUUCGUCACCAGCACCUGGGUGCCGCGAAGCAAGUCACAAAACUCCAACUACCUCAACGCUACUGCUCAGCUCAACAUCAACGGCAGCACAAGCAACCCCAUCACAGGCAUUCACCGUCCUCCACCCCCAGGCUUCACCGCCUUUUCCCUUCAGCAUGAUAUCAACAGUAAUCAUGUCGAUAUCAACAACGGCAACAUCAACAACAACAUGCUAGCAUAUCCCAAUCAUGGUGACAUGACUCAUCCUUUAGUUAAUUCGAAAGGAAUUCAUCAUCAACAACAACAACAGCAACAGCAACAAACAUUGCUACAUCUACAACAACAGCAACAGCAACAACAACACUUGAAGCAGUUGCAGAUGCAGAAGCUCCUACAACAACAACAGCUUCAACAACUUCGUCAAUUGCAACAACAACAGCAACAGCAUCAUCAGCAGCAGCAGCAGCAACAGCAGCUACAACAACAGCAACAGCAACAACAGCAGUUCUACUCAAUGGCACAUGCCAACCCAUACGAGGUUGAAUACUUCAACGCCAACAACAACCCAAAUCAACAGUCCUACAGCCAACCACCACCACCACAACAACAACAGUCCUACCCGAAUGGCUAUAUGGGUUCCUACGGACAGUUCAACGAGUACCAUCUCCAACAACAACAACAUCAACAGUUGCAGCAACAACAACAACAGCAUCACCAGCAGCAACAUCCAACAGAGAUGGGACACUACCCCACCGUCGGCAACCACUAUACCAACGGUGGCGCGCCAUUGUCAUUCAACAACAUGGACGGCAAUGCACACCUCCACUACCAUCCAGCACAGCAGCAGAAGGACACACCGGGUCUGGAGAAGUGGUUUGGUAACCAAAUCAACUCAUCAUACCCCAUGAUCCCUUCGACAGUGAAGAUCCACUCACUUGAGGAGAUAGAGCAAUAA